AUGGCCACGAAAGCAGACGACAGGCCUGGGGGAUUCACCAGCAAUGGCUGCGACCCAGUCACAGCUCAAGAGCAUGUGCAGGUUGUGACCCGAAACUACAUCACCCACCCCCGUGUCACCUACAGGACCGUGUGCAGCGUCAAUGGGCCUCUAGUGGUGCUCGACCAGGUCAAGUUUGCCCAGUACGCUGAGAUUGUCAACUUUACCCUCCCGGAUGGGACUCAGAGGAGUGGCCAAGUGCUGGAAGUGGCUGGGACCAAAGCCAUUGUCCAGGUGUUUGAAGGGACCUCAGGGAUUGACUCCCAGAAGACCACCUGUGAAUUCACAGGGGACAUCCUGCGGACCCCUGUGUCUGAGGACAUGCUGGGUCGGAUUUUCAAUGGCUCUGGCAAGCCCAUUGACAAAGGGCCUGUUGUCAUGGCAGAGGACUUCCUGGACAUCAACGGCCAGCCCAUCAACCCUCAUGACCGAAUCUACCCCGAGGAGAUGAUCCAGACAGGAAUCUCCCCCAUUGAUGUCAUGAACAGCAUCGCCCGUGGCCAGAAGAUCCCCAUCUUCUCUGCAGCUGGGCUCCCUCACAAUGAGAUUGCUGCCCAGAUCUGUCGCCAAGCCGGGCUGGUGAAGAAGUCCAAGGCUGUGCUGGAUUACCAUGAGGACAACUUCGCCAUUGUCUUUGCAGCCAUGGGGGUGAACAUGGAGACAGCCAGGUUCUUCAAGUCAGAUUUCGAGCAGAAUGGAACCAUGGGAAACGUCUGCCUCUUCCUGAACUUGGCCAAUGAUCCUACGAUUGAACGGAUCAUCACCCCUCGUCUGGCCCUGACCACAGCUGAGUUCCUUGCCUACCAGUGUGAGAAGCAUGUGCUGGUCAUAUUAACUGAUAUGAGCUCCUAUGCAGAGGCUUUGCGGGAGGUCUCAGCUGCCAGAGAGGAAGUGCCAGGGCGCCGUGGCUUUCCUGGAUAUAUGUACACAGACUUGGCCACCAUCUAUGAGCGAGCUGGCCGCGUGGAGGGCCGGGGUGGCUCCAUCACGCAGAUCCCCAUUCUCACCAUGCCCAAUGAUGAUAUCACCCACCCCAUCCCAGACUUGACUGGCUUCAUCACAGAGGGACAAAUUUAUGUGGACAGACAGCUACACAACCGGCAGGUCUAUCCCCCCAUCAACGUGCUCCCUUCCCUGUCACGGCUGAUGAAGUCGGCCAUAGGCGAGGGCAUGACCAGAAAGGACCACGGAGAUGUCUCCAACCAGCUGUAUGCCUGCUACGCCAUCGGGAAGGACGUGCAAGCCAUGAAAGCGGUGGUGGGGGAGGAGGCACUCACCUCAGAGGACCUGCUCUACCUGGAGUUUCUGCAGAAGUUCGAGAAGAACUUCAUCACCCAAGGUCCCUACGAGAACCGCACCGUGUUCGAAUCGCUGGACCUGGGCUGGAAACUGCUGCGCAUCUUCCCUAAAGAGAUGCUGAAGCGCAUCCCGCAGAGCAUGACGGACGAGUUCUACUCCCGCCAGGGGGCGCAGCAGGACCCCGCGUCCGAUACCGCGCUCUAGAGCAGCCCCAGUCUGCAGCCUUCUAGUUCGUGGUCAAACCCGUGUCUUAAGCCCUGCGUUGACAGGAGUGUCUUUUGGUGAGGGUGGAGCUCUUUUUAGGGGCAUGCUGAGAAUAAAAGCGGCGCGGGGUGGGGGUAGGAGUGCUUCAGACUAUUAAGCAGGUACUCUACUACUGAACUCCACCUCUGUCCUGUACUUGUAUUUUAGAAGCCCUGCCUCCAUAGAUAUAACUGAAAUGGAAAACAAAAACAGUAACUGAGAUGAAUUUGUCUCCAGUGAAAACAAGAUUGAGAAAAAUGUGCUAAUUGUUGAAGGUGUAGAUGAUACCAUGCAGUUUGUAAAAGUAUUAAAAAAAGAAAAGUCUUGUUGGGCAUAGUGGAGUAUGCUUUUAAUCCUAGUGCUCAUGGGUUCUGGGGAUCUGAACUCAGGUCCUCACACUUGUGUGGUAAACACCUUACCAAUCGUGCCAUCUCCCCAGACCCCAAAGCCUUUCAUUCUGGAUGCCUCUUGGGAUCAUUUUGGACUGUCAUGGUACUUCCAUGGUAGGUGAUUAAAUAAACUCUUUGAUCUGCCAGCCACAAGGAAACUGGCCAUCUGGAAGGGACGAUAUAUCUGCCCAGCAGGCCUCUUUGAUCUUCAGGAACUGUUCUGAGGCUCAUUUGAAGGACCUGUUCAGAAUGGGCGUGGCAAUGGAGUGCUAAGGAAAGCAGAUGGGGAGAGGCCACAGAGUUUUCUGGAACAUGUCCUCUCUCCAGGGUUCAGCCCUGCUCAGACCUCUCUCCUCAGCGCUGCUCACACCCCAGACACCCGUCUUCCUCCAAUCUGAUCCUACAAGCAAAUGUUCUCUGCCCUACCUGCUAGGACUUAUCAUCCCAGUUCUCUCCCAAACACAGACGCCCACCCCACAAAGACCACAUUAGCUCUCCUGGCACCCAGGACACUGACCCGGAAGCUCUGUUUCCUGCCCAUUGCCAGCACAGCCAGAGCACACUGGCUGCUGGGAGCCAGCUCCGUUCCUACCUCUGCCCUGGUAUCAGAAGCAUACGCCCCGUAUAGCAGCAUGUGCUAAAGCCAUAGCAGGAAAGUGAUGGUGAGCACCCAGUCCUAGCCCCAUGCAGGGAUGCCCCUACUCAGACAAGCCAGGCCUGGCAGUCCAGGCAUAAAUCCUGACUCUCAUUUAUUUGCUGUUGCCCGAGAGUGCAGAGAUGACUCUCAACACCCUUGAGUGUCAUGGAGCCGUAGCCCACACAGCUCAUUCCAGGGGCCACCACACCAGUCCUAAUCACUGUACCCCAUGGAGGAGUUAACCAAAGAACUUUUCACUAGUCAGGCUUUCCUGAAAAGGACAGAAACCCAAUUCAAAGUAGCUUAGGUGUCGGAAGGACCGUGAAGAGAUUAUAGGCAUUUUUUAUAUCAUGGGAUAAAUAAUUGCAACAUCUGUUGGAAACACCUUCUAGCUAAGACACAAACUCCUGGGCCACUUUGCUGCCUCUCCCAAACCCUGGCCCAGAGCUAGAGGCCCACAUUGCUCCAGGAAAAGCUGUUUUGGAGAUUAUUAUUUAUUUUGAGAUUUAUUUUUAAUUUUUAUAUGGAUGGAUGUUUUGCCUGCAUGUGUGUGUGUGCACCACAUGUGUGCCUGGUGUUAGGGGAGGCCAGAAGGGGGCAUCAGAUCGUCUGGAACUGGAGUUACAGACAGUUGAAAGCUGCCAUGUGGGUGCUAGGAGCCAAACCUAGGUCCUCUAGAAAGUCAGCAACUGUUCUUAACUACGGAGACAUCUCUCCAGUCCCAAACAUUUAAAAUAAACAUCGUAAAGUCUGGGACAGGAGGGCCCCCCUCCGAGAGUCCACUUCCACAAGUUUAAACAUCACAUGGCUUAGUGACACAAUGUACAGUGCAGGAGUCUAGAGAAAUCUGCUUCUGGCUGGAGAAUCAGCAUUUUUUAAAAUUUAGAUUUACUUUAUGCAUAUGAGUGUUUUGACUGCAUUUAUAUAUGUGCACCACUUACAUACCGGAUGCCCUUAGAGAUCAGAAGACAGCAUUGGAAAUCCUGGAACUGGAGUUCCAGGUGGUUGUGAGUCAUCAUGAUGGGUGCUGGCAACCGAACCUAACCCCUCUGAAAGAUCAGCAAGUGCUCUUAACUCCUGAGCCAUACCCCCAGCCCCCAAGAAUCUCUAUUUGUACCUCUGCACAUCUUAGGGUACCCUUCUCCUUUCAGUUUUCCUGGGGCACACAUAUACUCCAAAGGCACAUCACAGGCCCCCACUUCCCCCAACUGGGCCUUGCUGUAGUGGGUAGCCAGUCCAGCUUUGACCUGGAAGUACCACCCACUUUGAGGCUUCCGUAACUGGAUCCUGGACGCUGGAGGUAGACCGAGCAGAGUUCUCCAGAGAACACUGGACAGCUGGACUCCACUACACCUUUCCCAGACCCUGUAACCUAUCCCUUCACUUGUAAGUUACCCCACAAAAUAAACCUCCCUUUUAACUACGUGGAGUUGCCUUAAUAUUUAAACCAAUACCUUGCCUCUUAGUGUCUACUGUGUUCUAAUAAUGCUAACUCUGGAAUGCAGCAUUGCAUGCAGGCUUACACCACCAUGUCUGGUACUUUUCUGAGAUAAGAUCUGACGCAUAGCCCAGGCUACCCUGAAACUCUGUAUCCUUCCAUUUCCCAAGAAAAGUACCAAGUGGAGCGGUUCUGCUUUGGAAGGCCUGUGUGACGUAGCGGUUGUCCAUUAUGAUGCUGCUGUGAGGACGUAAUAAUUUAGCACGUGGAAUUUCAAGGGCAGCUAGUUCAUAAUGCAACUUCAAAUACAAACGCACUUCGUGUGCGUGUGGCACCGGACCCUGCUUUCUAUGGGCAGAGAUGGCCAGAUUCCAUUUCCCAGUCACACUUUCCGUUUCAUUCCUAUGUGAUCCCACUAUAGACUAAGUGUGUAGUGUGC